AUGGCACGGAGCUUGCACCAGAGACCAGAGCAGUCAGGAUUCACCCCUGGCAAGUUCACAAUAAACUGUAUCCUAACCCUUAGAGUAAUUGUGGAACGCCGUCGGGAGUUCGGCCGUGGGUUGUUUCUAGCCUACAUCGACCUCAAGAAGGCAUUUGACUUGGUGCAUCGAGAAUUGUUAUGGGAGAUUUUGAGACUUGGGGGAAUUCCAACACAGAUUAUUGGCCUAAUAGCAAACCAAUAUAACGGCCUUGAUACUGCUUGUGUUGCGAAACCUGGACGUUAUCCAUUGUCUUGGAGCCUUGCCUUGAUGCCUUUUGUAACAAGUCUCUUAGCUGGAUCAUGGGGCAGAGUUGGCAGAACCAUGUGUCCACCGACGGCUACACCGUGA